GAGCCACGUGAUAUAUAAUAAACUUCCUUGAAGAAUACUGUAAACAAAUCUACGAAUAUUUUUUAGGUUGCGACACAUCCUGAGCAGUGGCCUGCUUGAAUUAAGGAAAUUACGAAGUCUUUGGUUGAAAUUUCGCGUUUUCGAAGUAGCGCAGAGCAGCUGGGCGGACAAAAGGAGGGAAGUGGAGGAAAAGCGCAACGUGCCACGCGUUUGUUUGGUUGAGUGCUCGCGAUUAUUUGGUGAAUGCUUGGGCGCGUGUGAAAUCGGGAUAGUGACACACGGCUAUAGACAUUUUCUCAUGCCUUUGAGUUGACCACGCUUCUCUUCUGGUGACAAUACUGCAGCUGCAUUUGUCUUGUAAAAAUUUGUAUUUAGACAUGGUGAAGCAAACCAAGGCCAAAACUUUCCAAGCCUAUUUGGAUUCCUGUCAUCGGCGCUACAGCUGUGUCCACUGCCGUGCACACCUGGCCAACCAUGAUGACCUCAUUUCUAAGUCCUUUCAGGGGAGUCAGGGACGUGCAUAUCUGUUCAAUUCUGUGGUUAAUGUAGGCUGUGGGCCAGCAGAAGAAAGGUUGCUGCUGACCGGACUUCAUGCUGUGGCUGACAUUUAUUGUGAGAAUUGCCACACCACGCUGGGAUGGAAAUAUGAGCAGGCAUUUGAGUUAAGUCAAAAGUAUAAAGAGGGGAAGUUUAUAAUUGAAUUGUCGCACAUGAUUAAGGAUAAUGGAUGGGACUGAAGCGCUCAACCUUUGCUUUCAAUUACAGUCAACUGCUUGCAGCUUCAUAUAUAGCGAGCACCUUUUUCACACAGAUUUCCCAAUGCACCAAGUUUUAAAGGGUAUGGGGAGCUUGGGGUGCCUGGUGUGUGUUUGUGUGUCGUAUGUUUUUUUUUCCUUUACUUGGGCUUGUUAAAGAAAACUGCUUGAAUUAUUAGCCAUUUAAAUCCUUUUUCAAAGAAUUCGUUUGAGAGUUUGUUGGGAUUCGGACAUGAGCCCUAAAUUUUUCCCCUAUGAAGUGCAAUUUACAAGGUUUGGAUUAAAUAUGAUUGUAAUGAUAGUCCAAAACAAAAAACAACAACAACAAAAAAAACGAGGUCUUUGUAAACAAGGUAGUGUGGGUGCACAAUUUUGAGUGAAAUUAUUUCACUGUUAUGUGUAAAUGGGGUAUGUGUUUUAUUAUGUUUGAAAACUUUGCUUAAAGAGGAAUAUGUGCAAUAUGUUUGUGUGUGUGAGUUUUCAUAGAAAGGGUGAUUAUUCAUGCCUCCAAAUUACGUCAGUUUGGUUGAAUUCAUCUUUGAACAUUUAAUGAGAAAGCCCAACAGAUGUGCUCUUGUUGUCUGGAUGUGUGCGUGUAUGAGAAGUAAACUGCAGGCUGUAGAGAAGGUCCACAGUUGACUGACAUUGACACUUUAAAUACAGCUUAUAAACCCAUUUAAGAUGUAAUUGUGAUGUUCAUUUUUGUGUUUUCUUUCUUGUCCAUUUUGUCUAUGAGAAAUGUUGUAAAUAUAAUCCAACAUUGAGCCGCAUGUAAAGAGAUAUUCGUCUGAUCAUGUUAGAGCAGAUAUGUGAUCAUAAUGUGUUUAUGAUUAUGUAGCAAAAUAUUUCUUUUAAUGCUAAACCAUUAAAGUGUAUUACAUUAACCUGAAUUCUUUACAUUAAAGUAUGGGGUAAAUAAAAGCAA